CGUGAAUUCAAUGCGCGUUGAAUUUUUCAACGCGAAACCCGCGUUAAAUCCAAUUUCGGACACACAGUGUACAUGGAUGAUAUUCAGGUGUAUUCGAGUUCCUACGAGGGGCACGUGCAACACAUCGAAUGGACGCUGCAUGCAUUGAGGGAUGACGGUUUCAAGGUGGCGCUGGAGAAAUGCCAGUUCUUUCUCACCACCAUCUCCUUCCUGGGACACGUGGUGACAGACGAGGGGCUUAAACCGGAGCCGCAAAAGGUGACAGCUGUGAGAGACGUGUCUGUGCCCAUGACUAUUACGCAAAUUCGCGCCUUUCUGGGCACGGCCUCGUACUACCGAAGGUUUAUCAAGGGCUUCGCGGCUAUUGCGGGUCCCCUCACGAAUCUGCUGAAAAAUGAUCAACCAUUGAUUUGGACGUCAGAGUGUGAUCAAGCGUUUUCGAAACUCAAGGCAGCCCUCAUUUCGGCUCCAGUCCUUAUAAGACCGGAUCGUGAAAAACCUUUUGUCCUCAUCUCGGACUGGCAGUUGGAGGCAAUCUCAAUGAUCUUGGCCCAGGUGGGACCAGGCAAACUCGAAUGCGUGGUGGAAUACGCGUCUAAGUCAGUGCUUGCCUGCAAGCGCAAUUACGCCGCCCCGACAGGAGAAUGCUAUGCGGCUCUGUGGGGGAUCAGUCACUUUCGAGCCUAUCUGUAUGGGCGGAAGUUCACGCUGGUCAUCGAUCAUGAGCCAUUAUUUGCCCUGAAGAAAUCUAAGGAUUACUCGGGCAUGAUCGGGAGAUGGGCAACGGUGCUACAGAGCAUGGACUUCGACAUUCAUCAUCGGAAGCGCGAGGGGUACGGGAAUGCUGACGGAUUGACACGAUUGCACCGACCCGAGAAGGUCCUCAAGAGCGAAGAGACUGCGUGCUUGGAGGAACCAGGGAGUGAAAACGCCCUGCCAUCACGGCAGGAGUACUUGAAGUCGGCCGGAAUCAUCAAUCUCGCCUUCUAUCCGAAGCAAGAUACAUCCGAGGAGGCAGGAGAAGAAGAAGCCACUAAAGAAGAGGACGACGCCGAAGAGGAAACGUUGGAGGAAGGGAGUUAUAGCGAGCACAACGAAGAGGAGCAGAGUGUAGAAGAGGAAGAAGAAGAAGAAGAAGAAGACGAAGAGGAAGAAGAAGAAGAAGAAGACGAAGAGGAGGAAGAAGAAGAAGAAGAAGACGAAGAGGAGGAAGCCAGAUCGGAGUGGGAGGCCUUGCCGGAGGAAGCGGCGCGCACAGGAACAGAGGCGGAAGAUCCCGAGGCGGCACGUAAGAGGGAAGAGAUCGCAGCCGGGAAAAGCCAGCUGGAGUUCGCCAACGAGGUGAACCUGUGCAUCAAGGACGACCCGACCAGGGAUCCAAAGCCCCCUAAGCCCGAAGAUGGCGACCCAGCAGCCGCGGCUCCGAGCGCAUCGCGACGGAGACGGAGUCGAUCCCCCUCCCCCUCCACCUCAGCCCGUCCCCCAGUUCGUCCACGUACCGAUGCGGGGGACCGGCCUUCGUCCCCGGUCAUUAUCCCGCCGUCCCCUUGAUUACCUCACCCUCUGUCAGAUCUCUACCCCCGUCACCUUCCCUCACAACCCCUUCCCCCCCCAAUAUCUUCCGUCACUUUUACUCCACCUG